UAAAUAUUUAUGGGAAAUGCCAAAAAGUAGUGAUUUCUGAUCUUUCACGCAACCAUGCGUGUGGCUUUGUUGUUGUUAAGCGUUGUGCUCGCUGUUUCGGCGGCACCAAACACACACCAACAAAGGAUAGUGGGAGGAGAAUUGACCUCCAUUGACCGGUAUCCGUUCCAAGCUGCAAUCCUUCAGUCAAUAGACCUCGUCUCGUAUACCCAGAGUUGUGGGGGCACCAUCCUAAACCAGAGGUCCAUUCUCUCUGCGGCUCACUGCUUUAUGGUUACAUCCCCAGUCAACUACCGCGUCCGCGUUGGUUCCACAUACGCCAACAGCGGAGGAGUUGUUCACACCGUCGCACAACUGAUCAACCAUCCGUCUUACAAUGCUUGGACACAGGACAACGAUAUAGCAGUCGUGCGGCUUUCAAGUCAGAUAACGUAUAACGAUUAUGCUCAGCCGGGUUCAAUCUCCGGGCCGAACUAUAAUCUGGCUGAUAACCAGGUGGUUUGGGCUACAGGCUGGGGUUUAACAUCGCACGGCGGCCAACCAUCCGAGCAACUCCGUCACGUCCAAAUCUGGACCAUCAACCAAGAGAUUUGCCGACAGCGUUACAGCACCGUGAUCACCGACAACAUGCUUUGCUCCGGAUGGCUGGACGUGGGAGGCCGGGACCAAUGCUCGCAGGACUCUGGAGGCCCGCUCAUACAUUCCGGAGUUGUAGUUGGAGUGUGCUCGUUUGGGAACAACUGCGCCGACCCAUAUUACCCUGGUGUGAACGCUAGGGUGUCCAGAUAUACUAGCUGGAUUCAGGCUAAUGCUUAAAAUUUGAAAUCAUCUCAAACAGGGAAACUAGCAAUAAAUUUAAUUGAAAAUGAA